GCUUGGAAGGGGCGGGGUUCCGCUUCCGGCAGCGGUGGCUGCAGCCUCGCUCUGGUCCCUGCGGCUGGCGGCCCAGCCGUGUGUCUCCUCCUCCGCCGCCGCCAUAUUGUCUGUGUGAGGAGAGGGGAGAGCGGCCGCCGCCGCCGCCGCCACCACCACAGGCUCCACUCCUGACUCCAGACUUCCUUCUCCACCAUGCCUCUUUACAGUUGGAGAGAACAAGGGGUUUAAACAAGGCCUUACCCCUAGUUGGCUCUGAAUUAAGUGACUACCAGAACUUUAACAUCAAGUCCAGCUUUGCCCGCCAACCUGUCUGACAUGUCGGGACCCGUGCCAAGCAGGGCCAGAGUUUACACUGAUGUUAACACGCACAGACCCCGGGAGUACUGGGACUACGAGUCACAUGUGGUGGAAUGGGGAAACCAAGACGACUAUCAACUAGUUCGAAAGUUAGGCCGGGGUAAAUACAGUGAAGUAUUUGAAGCCAUCAACAUCACAAAUAAUGAAAAAGUAGUUGUUAAAAUUCUCAAGCCUGUAAAGAAGAAGAAAAUCAAGCGUGAAAUAAAGAUUUUGGAGAAUCUGCGAGGUGGCCCCAAUAUAAUCACGCUGGCAGAUAUAGUAAAAGACCCUGUGUCACGAACACCUGCCUUGGUUUUUGAACACGUAAACAACACAGACUUCAAGCAAUUGUACCAGACGUUAACAGACUAUGAUAUUCGAUUUUAUAUGUAUGAGAUUUUGAAGGCCCUGGAUUAUUGUCAUAGCAUGGGGAUUAUGCAUAGAGAUGUUAAACCUCAUAAUGUCAUGAUCGAUCACGAACACAGAAAGCUACGACUAAUAGACUGGGGCUUGGCUGAGUUCUAUCAUCCUGGCCAAGAAUAUAAUGUCCGAGUGGCUUCACGGUAUUUUAAAGGUCCUGAGCUUCUUGUAGACUAUCAGAUGUACGAUUACAGCUUGGAUAUGUGGAGCUUGGGUUGUAUGUUGGCAAGCAUGAUCUUUCGGAAGGAGCCAUUUUUCCAUGGACAUGACAAUUAUGAUCAGUUGGUAAGGAUAGCAAAGGUGCUGGGGACAGAAGACUUAUAUGACUAUAUCGACAAGUACAACAUUGAACUAGAUCCACGUUUCAAUGAUAUCCUGGGCAGGCACUCCCGUAAGCGAUGGGAGCGUUUUGUUCACAGUGAAAACCAGCACCUGGUCAGUCCAGAAGCCCUCGAUUUUUUGGACAAACUGCUGCGAUAUGAUCACCAGUCACGACUUACCGCAAGAGAGGCCAUGGAACACCCUUAUUUCUACCCAAUUGUGAAGGACCAGGCUCGGAUGGGCACAUCCAACAUGCCAAGCGGCAGCACUCCUGUCAGCACCGCCAACAUGAUGUCAGGGAUUACUUCAGUGCCAACCCCUUCACCACUUGGACCUCUAGCAGGCUCACCAGUGAUUGCUGCUGCCAACCCCCUGGGGAUGCCAGUUCCAGCUACCGCAGGCGCUCAGCAGUAAUGAUGGCCUCUGUCUCCUGAUGCCUGAGCAGAGCCGGGUGGGGGGAGGGGGUUCCACUCUCCAUCUCUCCCCUUGAUGCAAUUGUGCUUGGCAGGGGAGGGUAUGGAACACUUCGGAAGCGCCGUGUCUGAACAGUUGCUUGUGGAUUUAUAGUAGUUCAGUCAUUAUAAAAAAUUAUUAUAGGCUGAUUUUUUUCUUUUUUUCUUUUUUUUUUUUUACUCGAACUUUUCGUAACUCAGGGGAUUCCCUGACAAAUUACCUGCAGAUGGAAUAUUUCACGGACGAUUUCCCACCCACCCAACCCCAAUCCCAACUCUUCAUCUCAAGAACAAAGAUGAACCAACCCUUUUCCUGGCUGUUGCAUUUAGCUGGAAAUCUCUUCCAGUUCCCACCAUUACUCCUCCACCAGCCCACACCUUGGGAGGUCUGUUGUCUUUGUGCUCUUCUCCAGAGAUUACCAAAAUACAGCUUUUCCAGGGAAGCAGGAAGGAAGGGGAAGGAGGAAGAGGGCCCAAUUCUUCACAGUAAUAUACUGGUCACUUUAACACUCAGCUCCAGAAGAGCUGGAAUCCAGUAGGGUACACUGGCCCAACCAGUGGAACACAGUCACUUAGAUGUUGAAAGUUUAUCCAAAGUGCACACAGGUCCUAAAAACCUCCAUUCAAUAUGAAUCAUGUCUUAUUGACCUAACCCUAAAUCCAGCUCACUUGCAUGUAAUUUUAGUUUGAAAGUUUAGUUUGAAAAUUAAAUACUUGCCCUCCCUUCUUUCCCCUUGCCUCCCCAGUCUUCUUUUAUUUCCCUUCCAAGUCGAGGUUCCCCAGUAGGGUUGACUGUAAGAUCUUUUUUCACAUAGCAGAUGAGGGUGGGGGAGAUAAGGAGAAACCUUCCCAAAUUUUUUUACUUGCAAUUUUGCAUUAAAUUUGUUACUGGGUAUAACCUCUUGCCUUUUUAAAAACAACAAAAAACCCAAAAUGUUGUUUAUACCGAUUUCAUGCCUAGUGGCUGUUAAAGAGCUAGAGCUGGUGGGACAUCAGACCACACCAAGUAACAUUUUGAGGCUUCUUCCCCGUCCCCUUCUUCCCAUUUGCCCCUUUCCCUCACGUGCCAUCCAGUGAGAACACCUGUGACCUCAGUCUCAUAAAUGUACACUGAGGGGCAGGAGCAACGCAAAGUCUCUCUAAAUGAAAGUGAAGCAGUAGAUCCGUAGUUGUGGAACAAUAUUAACCGUUGACAACGACAAAGCACCCUUGUUUCAGCCCUGCUCCCCAAUCCUUGCUGUGUGUAUAUAUAUACUACUUUGUCCUUCCUAUGUGAAAGAUCCAGUGUUGGAAUUCUUUGGUGUAAAUAAACGUUUGGUUUUAUUUAUCAAGGUUAGAUUUAAGUCCCUGUGUAAAGGUCUUGCUGGAUGGGUGUGUCACUUUACACUGAAGGGGCCUGCAGCCUGCCCUGUAUGGAUUGGGGGAAGCAACCUCUUCCAUUCUCUCACCCACUUUGAAUGAUUUGUCAUACUGGGCAGUGCAGAGAAGCCUUCUAGAAACAUCAAGCCAAAAUGUUGGGGAAUAAGGAUCCUUUGCCAUAAAACUCCUUUUGUGUCUCAGCCAUGCCAGGAUUUGGGAUGGAAAAAGGGUGUGUGUGUGUGUGUGUGUAAGUGUGUGUGUGUGUAAGUGUGUGUGUACACUCUCCACUGUAACUUAGCCACCGGACUUUAUUGGGUGCACCAUUGGAGAAGCCUAGUUUUUUAAGCACAAUGACAAAGCAUCAGCUCUGGAUUUUCUCCCCUUAUCCCAUUGCAGUAGCUGCUUUUUUUCAGGGUCAGGAAUUCUUUGCCAAUCCCUCCUCAAGCCCUAAAGUCUAUUUUCCCUGACCUUCACUGGUUCCACAAGCCUCUCACUUGAGUGUCGUGUUUAAGCAGUUGCUUGGGUUGUUCUAUUUAAUAAACUUGUCUAACUUUAUAACCCAUUAGCUUCAGUGAAAUGUACUGAGGUAUAGUAGUGGUAGUAAGUAGUGAGUAUUGGCUUGGAGGAGCAAUAGGGUUUAGAAGGAGAAAAUCGUGGCCUCCUUUUUAUCUCACUAUAUGAAGCCAAGGGAGAGCUGAAGGGGAGAAAUUCUUAAUGCACAUCAGUGUACUUUAUUCCCCAUAACCACUCGGAGUAAAUAUUUAUUAUACUUUUACCUAUUUAGGCCCUAAAAUGAUGUGAAAGCUACCAUGUUGACUUUGUGCAGGAACCAACGGCACCAACCAUUGUGCCAGGGAUGCAACUUGUGAUUAGGUUUUGCACUGAAUUGUAGUUUAAACAGGACUCUUUCUAAGGAAGCCUUCUUCUCUUUAUCAAAAGGGAAGGGAGAGUUGUCAAUAUUCAUUUCCUCCUAGUUCAGAAAAUGUAGUUGUAGCUGAGGUUGAUGCGGGCAGCUACAAACAGCUGGAGGUUCUAACACCCAUCAGCCUUACAAGGAAUUGAAACAAGCCUGAAAGGAAUGCCACCCAUGGGCUUUUUUUUUUUUUACAAAAAUAAAUAAGCAAAAAAAAAAUGCUACUUUAGAGCCACUGCACAUGCAUGAAUCUGGAAAGAGGAAAGACAGUUUAACAAGAGUCUGGGGUGGGUGGGUGGGCAGGUGGGCAAGGGUUUGCAGAGUAACAACUUCUGUGUUGUAAAUUACCUCAUCUGUACACCUUGUAUUGGAGCACAUUUCUCAGCACUCCCUGCGUCUCUGCAUUGCAUUCGAUAGCAGGAAAUUGGAUGCCAAUAUGUGAAAGUUCUGUUGGCAAUUACUUCUAAAGGUUUUUUAAAAGCAUAUUUUUUUAACCUUGUUUGAAGUGCACCCCCUCACCCUCUUUUUUAGUUAAGUCAGAAGAAAAAUCUCUUGGUUGUAAUUGUAUUGUAAUUGAUCUAACUAAAAACCUAACUGUGCUGGGAAGAAGUUGUGCCAUGGAGGUCUUUAAUUUUUUUUUUAAUAAAAACAUUUAAACAAA